AUGGCUUCCUCAGAGACGCACCAGGCCUGCAACCCACAGCCCAAGGAAGCUGAGGUUCAGACCGUCUGCUUGAAGGAUGAUAAACUCAACAAGUGCAACAACGCUUGGAGACCCAGAAUGAAGAGGAGCUGCCCUGUGAAGGAUCCAGAAAUUCUGCAUACGGAGGGCCUCCUGCGGAACGUGCGGGCCAUCUUGAAUAAACUGACUCCGGAGAGGUUCGACCGGCUGGUGGAGCAGGUGCUGGAGCUGAGCAUCGACUCAGAGGAGAGGCUCAGAGGUGUGGUGGACCUGAUCUUUGAAAAGGCCACCGACGAGCCCAGCUUCUCCGUCAUGUACGGCCAGCUGUGCCACCGCCUUGCCCACAUGACGGUGCAAAUGGCCGAUAAAGCCGGCAGCCCCGUGACCUUCCGCAGGCUGCUGCUUAACCGCUGCCAGAAGGAGUUCGAUGCGGAGAGAAGUGACGAUGCGGUGGUUCAGAGGAAGCAGGAGAAGCUUGACUCUGCUGCAUCCACCGCAGAGCGUGAGCAGCUUCAGGAGGAGCUGGAGGAUGUGAAGAACAAGGCUUGGAGGCGCUCAAUCGGACUCGCCAAACUCAUUGGGGAACUCUUCAAGUUGAAGAUGUUGACGGUGGCCAUUAUUUUCAGCUGUACCUUCCAGCUGUUAAAGAAGCAGGACGAGGUCUCGCUGGAGCAGCUGUGCACGCUGCUCGCGACUGUCGGCAAAGAGCUCGACACUAACAGAGCCAAGCCAAAAAUGGAUCAGAUGUUCAACCAGAUGACAACACUGAUCGAGGAGCGCCAGACGUCGACACGAAUCCGCUUCAUGCUGCAGGACGUGGUGGCAUUAAAAGAGAAAAACUGGGUUCCUCGGAAGGCCGACCAGGGCCCAAAGACCAUCGUCCAGGUCCACAAAGAGGCUGAGAUGGAGCAACAGGAGGAGCAGCUCAAAAUCAUGAAGCAGCUGUUCUCCAAUGAUGACUGGAGACAAGCAGGAACCUCGGUCACUUCUCAGUACCAGAAUGAAGAAACCAGUUCCACUGCUUCCACCAGGCUCUUCAUCCCUCGUGAGACCCCUAAGAUGUCAAAGCAGCCACAGUUGGAUGAGACGAUCCAGCUGCGCCCACAGGGGCUGGCAUUAUGGGCAAGGGGAUGUCGUGGAUGGACUCCAGCUGGCAACUCUGAAACAAGAGAUUUCAAGACCGCUGGCCCCAAACCAGACUCUGUGCUGCAGUCUGCGCCUUUGUCUCAGCUCUCUACUCCCCCCACAAGACCCAGACAUGACAGUGCUGGAAAGAAGACAGAUAUAAAGCAGAGACACAGUGAGACCAGCGAGAUGGUGCGAAACCGAGUUGAGCCCAUGAAAGAGGUGGAACCAGUGGAGCCGUUGAAACCAGUGAAGCAGGUGGAACAGAUGGAACCAGUGCAACCACUGGAGCCCGUUCAGCCAUUGGAACCGGUGGAGAAUGUUCAGCCAGUGGAACCGCUGGAGCUUGUUCAGCCAGUGGAACAGGUGGAGUCGGUGCAACCAGUGGCACCUGUUGAGCCUGUGGAGCUGGUGCAACCGCUGGAGCCGGAUGAUUGUAACUCUGAGGAGCCAUGGACGAUAAUGAAGAAGAAGAGAGAGGCCAGAGAAAAAGCAAACAUGGAGGAAAUCAGAGUGGAGCCAGUGAAGGCCAAUGUGGAAGAAUGUCAGCUGAACUCGUCCUCCUUCAUGGGAGCUGUGGUGAAGGCAGUGUAUCAGCCCGCAGUGAAUGAUAUUGAAGCCAGCUGUCUCGUGGACACGGUCGUCCUAAAGACGAGCUUGCCAGUCCUACGAAAAUACCUGGAGUCCGACGAUGAGCGACAGCUGCAGGCGCUUUAUGCCCUUCAGGCUCUCAACGAGUCCCUUGGUCACCCUAGAAACUUCCUGCGGAUGUUGUUCGAUGUCUUCUAUGACUGGAAGCUGAUCUCAGCUGCCACGUUCCGCAAGUGGCAGAUGAGCAGAGAAGAUGCCGAGCAGAAGGGAAAAGCCAAGGCCAUCCAGUCCACCAUGCCCUUCUUCACCUUCCUGCGGGACUCUCUCAGGGGGCGACCCAAGGAGAUCCCACACAACGAGAAGCUGCUGUCUCUUAAACAUGAGAGUUUGGACUAUGAUAACAUUGAGAACCAGCUGUUUCUUGAAGAGGAGCGGAGGAUGAAUCACAUGGUCAGUUGA